GGGAAGAUACAGACAACAACAGGUACGUCAGGUUUGUUUGACUGAUUAGAAAAAAAGUUAUGAAGCUGUCGUCACUUCUAAAGAAACAAUAUUAGUGCACAGUUGGGUGAAGUGUCCUUCACUGAGGGGAAAGUAGAGUGUGGAGCCUCCGGGGCAGUGGGAGGGUCCACCCCGGCACACACACACCCAAGCCCGGGUCGGAUCUGUGAGGAGCACCGGCUAACCGAGCAUCAACCAGGGGAGGAGGACCGACCAGGACCCGACUGAGGACCCGACCGAUGACAUGAUCCUCCAACACCCCAGGAGUCCUCUGCUGCUCACGGUCACCUGCAUGUGUUUCACCGGAGGGUUGUUCUGGUCCUACCAAGAAGAGGAUGCGACUGACGGUGAAAAGUGCUCUGAAAAUAACAUUUCCACAACGAAGUACCCCUGCGUGAAGUCGACAGGAGAAGUUACAACGUGCUACAGAAAGAAAUGCUGCAAAGGCUUCAAGUUUGUGUUGGGCCAGUGCAUUCCUGAAGACUAUGAUGUGUGUACUGGUGCCCCAUGUGAGCAGCAGUGUACGGAUCACUUUGGCCGAGUGGUGUGCACCUGUUACCCCGGCUACCGCUACGACCGUGAACGCCACAGGAACCGGGAGAAGCCCUAUUGUCUAGACAUUGAUGAGUGUGCGGAUAAAAACAUGACUGUGUGCUCUCAGAUCUGCAUCAAUUCCGUGGGGAGCUACAGGUGUGAAUGUGAGAAAGGGUAUUUUCUGGAGGAUGAUGGGAAAACCUGCACCAAAGGAGAGAGAGCAGUACAUCUCUUUGAGAAGUCCGAUAAUGUCAUGAAUGCUGAAACCUGCUCGGCCACCUGCGACGAUUUCCACCAGAUCAAGAUGUCUGUCCUGCAGCUUAAACAGAAGAUGGCCGUGCUGUCAAACAGUGCUGAUGUUCCCGAGCAAAUGACCAGUGAGAAGAUCUUGACAUCGCCUCUAUUCUUACCCGGGCCCCCAGGUCUCCCGGGUCUGCCAGGAGAUCCAGGACCACAGGGCUCUCCAGGACUUAAAGGACAGACGGGGCCACCUGGAUCUCCUGGUCCCAGGGGGUUGAUGGGACCCAUGGGACCCACUCCAGACCUGUCUCAGAUCAAACGAGGCCCUCGUGGGCCAGUGGGGCCUCCAGGAGCACCAGGGAAAGACGGCUUAAAGGGGGACAGAGGAGCUCCUGGCCCUGCUGGACCACCAGGUCCUCCAGGCUCCUUCGACUUCCUGCUCCUGCUGAUGGCCGACAUCCGGAACGACAUCGCCGACCUGCAGACCAAGGUUUACGGCCGACCCGUGCACUCCCCAGGAGAGGACUUCCCCACGGUCCCGGACCACUGGAGGGACAACCAGGACAGCGUGGACAUGGGCUCAGGUGAGGACGACAGAGAACAUCCUCCUCCUCCUCGAACAGGAGGGGGAGGAGCCAAGAGGAACAGGAAGAGGAAACCAGUACGAGAGCGAACAGACUUUGACUGGAACAUCUGAGCAGGGUUAGAAUAUGAGACGGCGGCUGUAAAUACUGGAGGGCUUGGAUUUUAUUUAAUUGUUUUUUUUCAACAGAAUGUACUGUAUGCAUUUUGCUCACAGAUGUUUAUUUUUUUAUAAUAUACAAAUUUAUAUGUGACUAUUUUUUACUAAAACAAGUAAACUGUGCAAAUGCAUGUUCUUAUUGUAUGUUUUCAGAAACAUAUGGUCCUUGGCCCACGCCAUUAACACAACUCUAAUAAAGGCAGUCACAGCCAAUAUUUAAUGACAACAUCUUUUCAUUCCAGCUUUAUUCAACCCAGGAAUACAUUAACAGAAAAGUAGACCAGAAGUCGUGGUGACAAAAGGAUUCAAGCAGUAAACAAAACCUUAUGUGAUGAGACAAAAUAUGUAAGGAACAGGGGAAUGAAAAAUGCAUUGAAUGUUAACUGGUUCUAUCAACAUAUAACAGCAGGAUCUAUUUAAUGAACUAUUACACCGAUACUAUGUUCAUAUUAAAGAUACAAAAUAUGUGGUAAAUAUGAAAGGAGGAACCAGAGGGCCUGUUCUUAUCAGCUGCAGAACCAUCUAAUAUUCAUUUUCCUUUAACAUGUAGUGUCCUCUAGUGUCCACCAGGGGGAGACAUCACAGCUUCAGCCCAGAAAAGGACCAGUAAAGGCAACACAAAGCUGGAAUGGACAGUCAGCCACAAUAAUGUAUCCACACAGCAAGAAAAGAAACACUUGCAUAAAUAUGUCAAUAACAAAUGUAUUCAGACAUCACAAGAUGAAUACAAGUGACCUUUGGCCUCUGCAGUUAGAGGUGUUCAGAGUGGCGUCUGUGGCUUCCAGACAUUUAUGUGGACGGAGAACUUCAUGAAUCUGUGAAACUGUCAGAUGUUUAGAAGGAUCUGAACCAAACCAAGGUUCUAAUAGUUCUGGAUUUUUCAUUCUAGUUCAGUUUUAUUUAGUUUGGACUUUUUUUACUUUAAUUCCGUUAGUUUUAAUUAGU